AGCGCAGCCGUUAAACAAAAGUAGAGAUCACCGUUGAAGGGGAGGAAAAGCUCUUGCUUCUCUUUUCUUUCGUCCACAGCGCAUCCAUCGGUCCUUCUCCUUCGCUCGUCGUGUGCGUUUGCACCAAUGGAGGCAGCGGCCACUGCUACACCGGCCGCCUCCGAGCCCGCCCCCACGGCGACUCCCCCGGCACCGGCCACGGCGCCCACCGCACGUGCCGUGCAUCCAGCGGCGCGGUGGCUGGCACGACUCUUUUCGCCCAUGUCGUUGAAGGACCAGGAGUACUGCAGCAACCGUUUCCAGGUCCUUUUGUGGGGCAGCCUCCUCGUCUCCUUCCCCGUCGCCUAUUGGAUGGGCAACGUCCUCAUUACCAUGGGGACCGUGUGUGCGUCCACCGUGGUCUGCUUGGUGCUCUUCGGACCGAAUUGGUAUCAGCAUCCGGACCCGCUGCUCAAGUACGCUGACGACACCGACGUGUACGAGUAUUAUCAGCAGUAUGAAGCAGCGAAGAAGGCGGCACGGGAGCCGGCCACUGCGCCUUCAACGACCGACACAAAGAAGGGCGCCUCCCGGGCAGCGACGCCGGCGAAUCGGAAGGUGUAG